AUGAUUCGAGCUCUGAAUUUCGAUCUCAAGACUCCCCUCCUCAACGACGGAUUCACGGGAGACCUCGUCAUUCCCUCCGACCCUGAUUAUCAAACCGCUAUUGUGCGUUUUGCGAAGAACGCUCAGCGAAACGCUGCCCUCGUCGCAUUCGUCAGGUCGCCAGGAGAUGUCUCGCGUGUUAUCCACUUUGCCUCGGAAAACUCGAUCCCUCUCGUCGUUCGCGGUGGCGGACACAGUACGUCGGGAUCGUCCUCCAUAGAGGGUGGUAUCGUCAUCGACCUGUCAAGAUAUAUGAACAGGGUCAGAGUAGACGAGGAAAAUAAACUGGGUUAUGUCGGUGGUGGUGCGAAUUGGAAGGAUGUCGAUGAAGAAGCUAUCAAGUAUGGACUAGCUACUGUCGGUGGAACUGUUAAUCACACUGGCGUCGGCGGUUUGACCCUCGGCGGAGGGUACGGAUGGCUAACAGGUGAAUACGGUAUGGCUAUCGACAACCUUGUUCAAGCUACUUUGGUCACUGCAGAUGGAACCAUUCGCAAAGUCGAUGAAGCAACCGAUUCAGAUCUCUUUUGGGCUAUUCGAGGAGGUGGUACAAACUUUGGCUGCGUGACCGAGUUUGUCUAUCGACUCCACCCACAACGCUCGAUGGUGUAUGCUGGCCCGCUCGUCUUUCCACCUCCUAGGAUCAAGGAAGUCGUAACCGCUGUCGAAGAAUGGUACAAGACCUCGAGUGAGACGGAGGGUAUCAUCUUAGUUAUGACCACCAAGGGACCAACUGGAGAACCAGGGGUCGUUGUCUCUAUCUUCUUCAAUGGCGAGGAAGAGGAGGGCAAGCAGAAAUUCAAGAAAAUCUUGGACCUCGGUCCUGUCGCAAACCUUGCUACGAUGAUCCCAUAUGAAAAGCUCAACGGUUUGCACAACGAGGCUAUACCAUAUAACAUCAACACUGCUAUCAGUGGUACUUUACGGGGUAGUCUCCCACCUUCCUCAGCUUCAGCUAUAUUUGAUCAAAUGCUCGCCCUCGCCAACGCGCCAUCCAAGUUCAAAUCCAUCAGCCCCGAGACUAAACAAGAGGAGGAGAAUAAACUUUCCAUGAUGAUAUUAUGGGAGUAUUGGAACCUGAAGAAGCAGUCGACUCCAGCACCCGACGCGACUGCCUUCCUAAUGCGGGUACCUUAUCCUGUGGCACCCACUGCCGUGUUCUGGUCUUCUGAUGAUCUAGAAGCGGCCAGAGAGGCCAGAGAGAGGCUCAAGGCAUUGAGAGGCUUUUGUGAUGCCGAGUUGCGACCGACUUUUGGUCCGGAUGGUCCCGUUGUGAACGGUACCGGCUACGGAAACUCUGCGGCAAGUGCAGAAGCACUCUUUGGUGCCAACUACCCCAGGCUCCAAGACAUCAAAGCCAAAUAUGACCCGAAUCUAAUGUUCCACUCUUGGUUCCCGAUCCAACCCAAGCCCAGCUCACAACGUAGGGACAUGUAUAGCAGUAUCAAGAACACUCAGGCUGCUGCCAAACAGUUUUUAGAAGAGACCUAUUCGGCGUUGUAUGCGUAG